AGUAUGAAGGAGAAACUGACUCCGCCACUCUCUACAGCACAGGCACGACUGUCGUUGCCGCGGCCUGACUAGACAACCCCAGCGACAGAGGAGGUGUAGGCUAUGCGUGAACCUCUGUCUGCUCUUCAUACACACCGGCGGAAAUUACUAUCUGUUGAAAAGUUGAAUGGGUGACUAUAGGGUUCCAGCGCUUUCCAUAGUAGCCUCUAUAGCAGUGACGCGCGCGGUCUGGGAUAAGAAUGACUUCAACAUCGGAAGGGAGACGAAAUAUCCUACAUACCUUGUUGGAUUAACAACAUAAUAGACUAAACUUGCAACAGGACAGUCGGGCAGGAGACUGAAAACUUUCCAGGCUGACUGGCUGUCUGUCAUGAAGAAGCGAGCUAAUGAGGUGUUGGAGCCGGAUGAGCCUCUGUGCUGCUGUGAGUUUGUGGACCGUCAGGGGGAGCGGAGCCAUGUGGCAGCCUGCUGCUGUGACUGUGAGGACCUGGACGAUGCCUGUGACAGAUGGCUGAAGAAAGAGCCCCAGAAGGCAGAUUCACUGUCCCGUCUGGUUACCAUGGUGAGCGACCGCCUCCGUGUUCCCUGGUUCUGGGGCGGAGCUCGGCGUGUUGAUCUAUCGGUGCUGCCCCCGCUGCUCCUACUUCCUGUCCUCCUACACAUCGCAGCCCUUCACUUCCUGUUGGGCAUGGUGGUUCUGACCGCUCUACCGGUCCUGGUUCUAUGGUACUACUACGUCACCCACCGUAAGAAGGGCCGGAAUCUGUUCUUCCUCAGCCUGGCCCUGUUCUCCCUGGGCUACAUGUACUACCUCUUCCUCACCGAGGUCUUCCCCAGGGGGGGCGUAGGGCUAACCCAGCUGGGUACAGUGACCCUGGGGGUGGCCCUCACUCUGGCCUCACUCAUCCACACCAAGAGAGAGCCCGGCUACGUACGGCCUCACACGGCCGACGUCCACAGCACGGUGACCUAUCACAGCUCACCUCCGGACAGAGACCCUGCCCACACUGGCCUCAACGGGGUCGGGCAGGAAGUGGUGCUAGCCAAUCGGGGGAGUGGGUCGGAGCAGCAGGGCCAAGGGGUGGAGCAGAGGGAGAGUGGGCGGAGCAGGAAGUGGUGCUCUCUGUGCAGGGUGGUGCGGCCCCCCAGGGCGGGACACUGCAGGAUCUGUGGUGUCUGUGUCCUGAGGCUGGACCACCACUGUGUCUGGAUAAACAGUUGUGUGGGCCAGGCCAAUCACCGCAGCUUCCUGUCGACACUCCUCCUCUUCCUGUUGACCUCUCUGUAUGGUAUCAGUCUGGUGCUGCGCAGCGUGUGUCCCCAACAGAACCUGCUCAGCGCCCUGCUCUACUGCCCAGGUGUCUACAAUCAGUACAGCUCGGCACUGUGUUUCACCUGUGCGUGGUACAGCAGCAUAGUGACCGGUGGCCUGCUGCACCUGCUGGUCCUGCAGCUCAUCAACGUCAGCUACAACGUGACGGAGCGAGAGGUGCGCACCGCCCUCCGAGACAAGACCGCCCGCAGCCGCUACUGGGGCCUUGUCGUCGACACAGGAGUCUACUCGCAUGGUUUCCGUGGCAACUGGGCAGAGUUCCUGACAAUGGGAGAAGGCCUGCACACACCCUCACCCAGUCUCACUGACUUGGUGUAGCUGAGCUGCUCAUCGUCAUUACACCUUUAGAAGUGACUGAUCAAUUGGACGAUCCAGGUAGAAGUUGCCCACAGAAACAGAUCUAGGAUAAUUUUACCCUCAUACCACAGGAGGCUGCUAAGGGGAGGACGGCUCAUAAUAAUGGCUGUAACGGCGCAAAUGGAAUGGCAUCAAAUACGUGGAAACCAUGUGUUUGGUGUAUUUGAUACAAUUCCACUAAUGCUGCUCCAUCCAUUACCACGAGCCCGUCCUCUUCAAUUAAGGUGCCACCAACCUCCUGUGCCUCAAAGAAUCCUGACUUGAAUCGUUAGGGGGAAGAACACAAAACAGACCUUGGAUCAGUGUCUAGGGGUAACUUCACCCUCAGUGAUAUGGGCUAGAGUUGAAGGAUGCAUCUGCUGUACUGUCUUUCACCAACAGAUGGCAGCAUAUCUCCACCUCAGACUGUUCUGACUGCCAUCACCUUCUCUCCCCAGUUGUCCCAAAUAUAUAUAUAUACACUAGAUGACUGACAGGAGGCACUGUAUUGAAGCACCUCCAUCUUGGCACUGCCCCACUGUUGUAAAAAACAUUUUGGAAACUAUAGAAAUGCAUUUACCAAAUGUCAACAUUAGUUUUUACAACGUUUAUUCUGUUACAGACACCUUAAUGCAGCAUUUCCCAAACUCUGUUAUCAGGAACCCAACGUGUGCAUGUUUUAGUUUUUGCCCUAACAUUACACAGCUGAUUCAAAUGAUCAAAGCUUGAUGAUUAGUGGAGUAUUUGAAUCAGCUGGGUAAUGCUAGGGUAAAAACCAAAACAUGCACACCCCUUAGGAUCCCGAGGACCAAGUUUUGGAAACCCUGCUAAUAAAUUACACUGAACAAAAACAUAAACGCAACAUGUAAAGUGUUGGUCCCAUGGUUCAUGAGCUGAAAUAAAAAAUCCCAGACAUUUUCCAAACUCACAAAAAGCAUAUUUCUCUCAAAUUUUGUGCAGAUUUUUAUACAUCCCUAUUUAGCAUUUCUCCUUUGACAAUAUAAUCCAUCCACCUGACAGGUGUGGUAUAUCAAGACACUGAUUAAACAGCAUGAUCAUUACACAGGUGCACCUUGUGCUGGGGACAAUAAAAGACCACUUUAAAAUCUGCAGUUUUGUCACACAACACAAUGCGACAGAUGUUUUGAGGGAGUGUGCAAUUGUUAUGCUGACUGCAGGAAUGUCCACCAGUGCUGUGCCAAGAGAACUGUUCAUUUCUCUACCAUAAGCUGCCUCCGUCGUCUUAGAGAAUUUGGCUGAGCUAAAUUAUUAAUUUUUUAAAAGUACUAAUGUUACUGUGACUAAGUACAAAACAAAUCCUAAAUACACAUAAUUUUGUUCCUGAAACAUUUAAAUGAAAUACUGUAGAAUUCCAUUCAUUUCUAUGGAGGACUGCUGCCACUGGGCAGGGCCAAUAUGGCUGACCGGUGUUUUCAAAGUCUCUCAUUGGUGAAUACAUAGCAACAGCAAUCCAGUGUUUAUACUGUAUAAAUCAUUGGUAUCGCCACAUCCGUGCCACGGUGAAACGUACACUCAUGUAGAUCUGAAAAAUGUAAUGGUGAAACUUGCUAGCCAACCAAAAAAACAAGUCAGGAAAAUCCUUGUCCUGCAAAGAACCAUUAUUUUUAUAGUUGAAAAAAUAGAUUUAGCAAGCAGUAGGUAUUUAUAAUUACAUGUGGAAUGGAGCUUUAUCAUUGAUGAAGGACCUUAAAUUAUUCUGCAAUAAUUUAUUCGAAAAACACAAUUUCCAUAAUUUGUCGCAAUAAAGUUUGAAAAAAUAAAAAUCUACUCCUGUCGAACGAAUUAAAGUGUUGUCGAUGUUUAGAACAUUUGUCCUAUACUGUAUCUGCCGUUUCCAUUAGGCUACACACGUUUUUUGGCGACAUUGGUUUUUCCCCCAAAUAAACCUGUAAAUGGGAACCCUGCCUACAGUGAUCAGUUCUGUUGUGAAGUAGCGCCCAAGUCAAUACCCUGUCCCUUAGCUAAACCAUUUCCUACAACUACAAUAACACAACCACGUAUGGUACCGUGACUGACAGCCCCAAUCUCAUCUCCACCUUUCAUUUUUUUAAAUCUCUGCUUGACCUUGUCUUCCAUUAUUGGGUUGCAAUUACUCCAUGCAUCUUUCAUCCCUCCAUCGAUCGUUCUAACAUUAAUUCUCUCACCUUCCUCAUUUUGUAUCCCCUGCUGCGCCCUGUUUUCCCUUUAUAAGCAUGUGUUCGACCACAGUGAGCCCAAAGAAGAUGUGUGCUUUUCUGUAGACAACUGUCUACAAAGCCUCCCCUUUGUGAAUGAAGUCAAGAAACUGGUGGACAAGCUGAAGCACCUUCCUGCUGAGGAUUCGAUCUACACCAGUGGGCCAGCAACCUUCCAGCAGUCAUCGAACACCUACUUCCAGAGUCCAGGUCGGAGAGCAGUGAGCUGUGAUUAACCCAGGAUGGCGUGGAACCCCAAGAGCGCACCCUUGGAUUACAAUGGCAAUGUCUGUCUGACACUCUUGGAAAUAAGCACGGUCACAUGGAGAAAGUUGAACCCACCAUGCGCAACAUAUAUUGGAUCCUUGCCAGCCAAUAUGAUCCACUUGGCUUCCUCGUCCCAUACACCACACGGUCCAAGGUUGUGGUUCAGAGGCUCUGGGAUAAGAAAAGAGGGUGGGAUGACCCAGACCUACCUGGGGUCAUCCUACUCACCUGAAGAUCUUCUCCAAGUGUGGCUUAUUUGGGAGAACGAAUUUCCAGUUGUCUCAGGUCACACUGCCAAGGUGUUACGUCUGCCCCGACAUGGAUCUCCAGCACAAGAAGUGUUCAUGUCUUCAGUGAUGCCUCAGAAUGUGCGUGCAUUGCCGUUGCGUACCUCCGUACUGAAGACGGCAAGAACAAGAGUGGCCCCAAAACGACAACAGUCGAUGCCAAGUCUCGAGCUCUGCGCUGCACUCACCGGUGCCCAGCUGGCCAUGGUCAUCAGAAAAUAACUCACCCUGGAAAUCCAUGAGGUCACGUACUGGUCAGAUUCUACAACAGUCUUAACCUGGCUCCAGUCAGACUCUUGCAGGUACAAAGUAUUUGUAGGCAGUGGUCUCUCCUUGAUGUAGCCCAGUUCAACACUUUCCAUGAGCUGGUGGAAGCUACAGUGCAGUUGCUACACAGGGCGGCCAGUAGUGCCGACAGCCCUUCAGCCGACUAUUUCAAACUUCCCAGAAGACCUCUCCCUACUAGAGGCAAGCAAGCCAAUCCCUCCGAGCAGCCGUCUGGUGACACUGGCCCCGGAGAAUGACAACGACACCGGACUGUUUUGUGUUGGUCGCCUUCGGAGGUGGUUCUGGACUCAGGUCAUCCCCUCACCAGGUUUGCUGAUCAAGAAAUAUGAUGAGCAGCUGAGGCCCAGAGAGGGUGUUUGCUGAGUUACAUCGAAGGUUCUGGAUUCUGAGAGGGAGGGCAGCCAAUCGCCAUUUUCAGUUUGGCUGCACCGAAUGCAGGAAGUGGCGAGGCCAGCCAGAUGUGCCUAGGAUGGUUGACCUGCCUCCAGCCCGACUGUCUCCACAAGCCCACAUUCUAUUCUACAGGCGUGGACUGCUUUGGACCGUAUAUCAUCAAGAAAUGAAAACAGAUGGGGCAUCAUCUUUAAGUGCAUGACCAUCUGAGCUGUACAUGUGGAUCUACUGACAAACAUGGAUUCUGAUUCGUUCCUAAUGGCGUUGACGCUUCAUCGCUCAAACAGGAAAGCCCUUUAAGAUUCUGUCUGACCGGAGAACAAAUUUCAAGGGAGGGUAGCGAGAGCUACAGGAGGCCUUCAUGACUCUCCACUCACAGCUCCAGGAACAGUUAGCCAGUCAGAAGAUUCACAUCGCCUUCAACUCACGAAGUGCACCACACUUUGGAGGAUGCUGGGAGAGGGAGAUCAGAUCCAUCAAGACUGCCCUGCAAACCACCCUUGGUGCGCAGACCAUCUCCGAUUAGGUGCUGAGGACUGUCCUAAUCGAAAUAGAAGGGAUCUUGAACUCCAAGCCCGUGGGAUAUGUAUCGUCGGACAUCGCGGAUACGGAUCCAAUCACUCCUAAAGUCGCAAAAGAUGGAGACAGCCAGGUUCUAGCCAACCAUUUCUGGAACUGCUUCACAUGGAACUACUUACCUGCACUUCAAGGCCGCCAUAAGUGGCACAGGGAUAAGGAAGACCUUGUAGAUGGGACCGUUGUGAUGAUGGUGGAUGAUCAGUCUCCUAGGGCAAGCUGGCAAGUUGGAACUGUCAAGUCAGUUAUCAGACAGGAAAGUGAGGACAGCAGAGAUCCAAGUCAACGACAGAACCUAUGUCAGGCCUGUUGCUCGACUCAUCCAGCUGCCCCCCCAUUCCUCAAGAAGCUACUGACCCUUAGUUGGCUUGUCAGUUGAAGCAAAUAUGUACAACACAUUUGGAGGCGGCUGUAAAAACGGCCAGCUCAACUCCUUUCCAAGACCCCAACUUUCUUUUGGUUUGUCUAUUGGAAUAAGGUCACACCAAUCAUAAUUAUUAGCCAAUCAGCAGCCUUUCCCCCCGUAAUUUAGCAUAAUACCCUUUCCUGCUUUUUCUCUCCUGCUAGUUCUACCUUGGAAGAAAUUGCUUUUCUUUCUGAUGUUUAUUGUGCGUGCAGCUAAAUGUAAGUGCCAAAAAAUCCUGAUGUCGUGUUGUUUGGAGCUAAAUAGUGUCUGUUGUAAAUACAGUUGAAGUCGGAAGUUUACAUCCACUUAGAAUCAUUAAAACUUGUUUUUCAACAACUCCACCAAUUUCUUGUUAACAAACUAUAGUUUUGGCAAGUCGGUUAGGACAUCUACUUUGUGCAUGACACAAGUCAUUUUUCCAACAAUUGUUUACAGACAGAUUAUUUCAGUUAUAGUUCAUGGUAUCACAAUUCCAGUGGGUCAGAAGUUUACAUACACUAAGUUGACUGUGCCUUUAAACAGCUUGGAAAAUUCCAGAAAAUUAUGUCAUGGCUUUAGAAGCUUCUGAUAAAUUAUGUCAAUUAGCCUGAGUCAAUUGGAGGUGUACCUGUGGAUGUAAUUCAAGGCCUAAAUUCAAACUCAGUGCCUCUAAUUUCCAAACGCCUGAAGGUACCACGUUCAUCUGUACAAACAAUAGUACGCAAUUAUAAACACCAUGGGACCAAGCAGCCAUCAUACCGCUCAGAAAGGAGACGCGUUCUGUCUCUUAGAGAUGAACGUACUUUGGUGCGAAAAGUACAAAUCAAUCCCAGAACAACAGCAAAGAAUCUUGUGAAGAUGCUGGAGGAAACAUGUACAAAAGUAUCUAUAUCCACAGUAAAACGAGUCCUAUAUCGAUGUAACCUGAAAGGCCGCUCAGCAAGGAAGAAGCCACUGCUCCAAAACCGCCAUAAAAAAAGCCAGACUACGGUUUGCCACUGCACAUGGGGAAAAAGAUCGUGCUUUUUGGAGAAAUGUCCUCUGGUCUGAUGAAACAAAAAUAGAACUGGUUUGCCAUAAUGACCAUCGUUAAGUUUGGAGGAAAAAGGGGGAGGCUUGCAAGCUGAAGAACACUAUCCCAACCGUGAAGCAUGGGGGUUUCAGCAUCAUGUUGUGGGGGUACAUUGCUGCAGGAGGGACUCGUGCACUUCACAAAAUAGAUGGCAUCAUGAGGGAAGAAAAUUAUGUGGAUAUAUUGAAGCAACAUCUCAAGACAGCAGGAAGUUAAAGCUUGGUCGCAAAUGGGACUUCCAAAUGGACAAUGACCACAAGCAUACUUCCAAAGUUGUGGCAAAAUGGCUUAAGGCCAUAAAGUCAAGGUAUUGGAGUGGCCAUCACAAAGCCCUGACCUCAACCCUAUAGAACAUUUGUGGGCAGAACUGAAAAAGCGUGUGCGAGCAAGGAGACCUACAAACCUGACUCAGUUACACCAGAUCUGUCAGGAGGAAUGGGCUAAAAUUCACUCAACUUAUUGUGGGAAGCUUGUGGAUGGCUACCCAAAACGUUUGACCCAAGUUAAACAAUUUCAAGACAAUACUACCAAAUACUAAUUGAGUGUAUGUAAACUUCUGACCCACUGGGAAUGUGAUGGAAGAAAUAAAAGCUGAAAUAAAUAAUUCUCAACUAUUAUUCUGACAUUUCACAUUCUUAAAAUAAAGUGGUGAUCCUAACUGACCUAAGACAAGGAAUUCUUACUAGGAUUAAAUGUCAGGAAUUGUGAAAAACUGAGUUUAAACGUAUUUGGGUAAGGUGUAUGUAAACUUCCGACUUCAACUGCAUGUACCAUUUUUGUUAAACUUGCUAGCUAGCUCGUGUACUCCCGCAGGUGUUAGCAUUAGCAUCGUCAUACUGAAUGCAUUACUAUUUAGCAAUUAGCAUUUGUCUGUGGCACUAAGCUAUUUUCGGUUGUAGAUCGCUUAUUGUUUUAUAAUGUGUAGAUAUUUCGACAUUGCUCUAUUGUCCUUUGUGCAUCUAGCAUGUGUUUGGGUCCACACAGCCUGUUUAGUUGUUGACAUGGAAAUAUGCAUUUUUUCUCCAUACUGUGCAAUAGCCUAAGUUCUCCUUUCAUUACAGAACCACAAUUAGUAUCAGAGAGAGUGGUGUUGUAUGUGGAGCUUAAUUAAACCCUUGAACUGGAACUACUGCUUUCUCGUGGUCCGAAGGACACGCUGUCGCCACCGGCCUAAAAUCCAGCACCUCUAAGUUUAACCCUUUUUAUUGGUCCUUCGAAUUCAUAAACAACCCAUAUUUUUCAAUAGUGCACAAUGUAAAAACAUAAUAUUCCACA